AUUUCGUGAUCAGGGUGGCCGGGAGAAGUUGAGCCCAGUGAAAACCUAUGAGCUGAGCGCAUGAGCGAGAGAAGCGGAGGACAGGAUGAGGAGGUAGCCCCCAAGCUUAGUGGUUUUAAGGAGCGGAGAUUGGGUCGACAUGAGGGAGAUAGUCACACUGCAGAUCGGCGGCGCCGGAAAUGCCAUCGGAGAUUCUUUCUGGCAUGUGAUUUCCCAUGAGCAUGGUGUGGAUUAUGCUUCUGGCCGCUUCGGCGGCACCAGUCCACUUCAGCUGGAGCGGAUCAAUGUGUUCUUCAACGCAACGGCCAGCAAGCGUUUCUACGCCCGCACCAUCUUGAUUGAUACGGAGGCCAGCACCGUACAGCGUCUCAACGCCAGCAGUCAGCUGUACAGGCCGGAGAACUUUGUGGCUGGAUCGGAGAGUGCUGGGAACAACUUUGCACGUGGCUAUCACACGGAUGGGGCCGCCAUUCUGGAGCAGGUGCUGGAGAAUACGCGUCGGGAGGUGGAAUCGGUGGACUCGUUGCAGGGCUUCCAAUUGCUCCACUCGAUCGGAGGCGGAACUGGCUCCGGCUUGACCUCCCUCAUAAUGGAGGCCCUGGUGGAACAGUAUCCGGAUAAUUUGCUCUGCAACUACGUGACCAUACCGUCGCCCAACAUGUCGCAGGUGGUGGUGGAACCCUACAAUGCCCUACUCAGUGCACCCGCCCUGGUCAACAAUUCGCAUUUAACCUUCUGUCUGGAUAAUGAGGCACUGUUCCAGAUCUGCAAUAGGAACCUGAAACUGAAGACGUCUGGCUACGAGCACAUCAACCACGUAGUAGCACUGACCAUGUCGGGCAUAACCACUUGCUUACGGUUUCCUGGCCAGCUGAAUGCCGGAUUGCGCAAGAUCUAUGUGAAUAUGGUGCCAUUUCCCAGGCUACACUUCCUCAUACCGGGAUUCGCACCAUUGGUCACCUGCAAGCAGCAGCAGUUCAGCAAGGGCACCGUUUCGGAGCUGGUGCAGCAGAUCUUCUCCAGCAACAAUCUGCUCUGCGCCAUCGAUCUUCGAAAGGGCAAACUGCUGACCGCUGCUGGCAUUUUCCGUGGACGAAUGUCACCGCGCGAGGUCGAUCAACUGAUGACCGGGGUUAGGAAUAAGAAUAUCAACAAUUUUGUAGACUGGAUACCGAACAACAUCAAGACGGCCAUUUGCGACAUACCACCGAGGGGCCUCAAGAUGUCGGCCACAUUCAUUGGGAACACAACGGCCAUACAGUCGCUGUUCCAGCGAUUACUGGACGCUUCCGUGUCCAUGCUGCGGCGCAAGGCCCAUCUCCACUGGUAUACGGGAGAGGGAAUGGAGGAGCAGGAGUUCCAGGAUGCUCAGCAGGAGUUACAGGCCAUCAUCGAUGAUUACCGCAGCAGUGCCGAGGGCGAGGAUGCCGGUGGUGGCGGUGGAGGAGGCGCUGGCAGAAGUGGCAGCGCCGAAAGCGGUGAUGAGGAACCCACCGCUGAAGCCCGUUGUAGAUAUUGUGCCGAAUAGCCCAUUGGAUAUCCUUUCCCCCUUUAGUUUAGAAGCCUUCCGUGAGGAGAGAGAUAAACAGCAGGGUUCGCCAAAUUCAAAAGUGUCCCUUUGUAAUUACGCGUCCUGGAAUCAGGACAUAUUUGCAGUAGAGAAAUAUAUAUAUUUUAGGUAUA